AUGCCUGCCUCGACGAUCCACGUAGACGCUAUCCUCUUCGAUAUGGAUGGCACCCUCAUAGACUCGACGCCUGGCGUCAAUGGUGCUUGGGAGAUCUUCCGCAAGGACUAUCCCGGCAUAGAUAUGGACCAGGUGCUCAGCUCUGCGCACGGUGUCCGAACUGUGGAUAACCUCAGGAUACACUGUGGUUUGACUGAUCCAGAGGUCAUCGAGAAAGAGGCAGAGCGCUUUGAGACGGCCAUCAUCACGACUGCCGCCGAACCUGGGAAGGGUGGCAUCGUCAUGCUGCCAGGCGUCAAGGAGAUCAUGGAAGAGCUCGCCCCCGGUCGGCAUCUCCCCAAGCCUGUAUGGGCCAUCUGCACGUCUGCCACGCGCAAAUACUCGUCCGCGGCGGUAGUCGCUGCUGGCGUCCCUGCGCCUGAUGUCUUCAUUCGCUCUGAGGACGUUAAGCAGGGGAAGCCUGCCCCCGAUCCCUACCUCGAGGGCGCGCGCCAGGCUGGUGUCAAGCCCGAGAAUUGCGUUGUUGUUGAGGAUGCGCCGGCGGGGGUACGCAGCGGCAACGCCGCCGGGUGCAAGACCAUCGGCCUAUUGACGACGCAUAGCCGCGAAGCAAUGCUGGCGGCAAACCCGACGUUCCUCGUGAAGGACCUUUCUUGGUGA